UCAUGUACCAUUUCAGAUGUCUAAAUCCUGGUAUAUCACUCUUUUCCUGAUGACAUAUUUUCCAGACUGAAGUUCUGUUAUGCAGAUCACAUCUCUUGCUUCGUCUUGGAUCUGUGUUGUCCAAAUGUACAUCACAAGAUGUUGAGGAAGGUGCCAGAAAUCACACCUUGUACAUAGAGCGUAUGCAGAGUCUUGAUGAGCAGUGAAGGGAGAGCGAGUCAUUAUGGAUCAGAGCAGAGUUUUAAAGAGGUUAAUGCCAGAUGCCAGAGUGUAACAGCUGUUCCGUGCUAGAUAUUGCCUCAGAUAUAAGACACCUGAAUGCUGAUACCUAUUGUUUUCCAGUACAACUGUGUGGAAGGUGCUGUCAGUGUUCUGAAGGAUGAUUUCUGCUGAAGGACUGCUAACAUUUAUAACUCUUCUUCCCCUGUUAGCAGGACUGAAUGUAACAAUCGGUAAUACAAUGAUGCAGGCCAACAUCGGAGAGAAUGUAUCUCUUCAAUGUCACUUCACACUCAAGGAAAACACACCCGAAAGCUGGCUGAAAACAUUAUUUUUACAGUGGAAUCGGAAAGAUGAAGUUAUGUCUGUAUACAGCAUUGAAAACGGCAUGCCGAAUUUCGAACAUCAAGCAAUAGCUUACAAAAACAAGGUGAUAUUUGAUGAGAAGCAACUACCUCAUGGGAAGGCGACUCUGGUGCUCACAAAUGUUCAGGUGAAUCAUGAAGGAAUUUAUCAGUGCUAUGUACAGCUUUCUAUAAUGGAAGAGGGAGAGGCCCAACUGCAUCUCAGUCUAGUUGCUAACUACUCCAAACCCAUCGUCAGCUGCAGUGAAGAAAUGAAUGGUUUUGUAAACCUGUCCUGCCAGGUUUCAGGAGGCUACCCUGAAGGUGUACUUGAAUGGAGGUUUUCAAAUGGAACGCAAAUUACUGACAUUGUUAUGAAUACAUUAGUCCACAAGGAUGAAAAAACAAGUCUCUAUAGCCUGUUUUCUGUCAUACUGAUAUUAAAGAAUCUAGUCCCAGAAAUUGCUUGUGUUGUGAGGAACCCAAGAACGGCGAUAGAGGUUCAAGAGGAGGUGAAGUGCCAAGAAGAUCUUUCACAGUCCAGGGGGAAAAUUGGCAUCAUAUGUUCUGCUGUAUUACUCUUGGGAUUACUUGGAUUAUUUGUCACUGCUAAAUGCUGCUGCAAGAGAGCUCCUUGUAGAAUAAAACUCUAGGUGUCAUGUGGGAGUCUCUGCCUUGGAAAUGUUCAUCUGCAUAUAUGCUUAUAUCCGACUAAGUGAAGUGUUUGUGCAACAACUGAUGGGAGAGUUAGAAGAUGAGAAAGGUAACUGAUCUUGAUUUCUGCCACUCAUGGAUCCCUGAAGAGGACACUCUUUCUUCUUCACUCAAAACCUAUGGCAAGAACUUACAAAUCAAUGCAUGCCACUUGAACAAAGGCAGUGGAUACUCAAGACACUUAAUUUGUCGACUAAUGUGAAAGAAAUAGGAACAUGAAAAUGUCUUACAUUCACAAAUGUGUUACAUCAGCAAAUGCUACAAAACUGCAUGCAUGACUCCGUCGGACUCAUUGAGCUGUGCCAUUGUUCAAAAAUUGGUACUACACUAUAUUAAAAGACCUGGAAAUAAGCUCCCUAGGAAAGCAUUGUAUUCUCUUUCUCAAACAUUUCAAGAAGUUACUGAACUUUUUAAAGAUUUAUCAUAAAUAGUUGGUUAAGGUACAACUUUUUCAUUUUCAGCAUUUUUUAAAACCAGUACAAGCUAUUUUUGUGUGUGUGUGUGUGUGUGUUUCUGUGUAGUCACUGAUUUUAGGCUACUUCAUGACCAUCGCCCUGAUAUUCCCAUCCUUGGAGGUUCUCACAUUACAGAGGCACUCUAGUUUGACACACAGAAGGAAGGAUCUUCCCUUCUGGAAAGGCCCUGCACACAGGAAGACCUCUAACCCCUCAUGACUAGGUUUUCUGGGUUCUUUCUGCUGCACACCUUUUGAGUGGCAUGAAGCCAGGCAAGGAACUGCCAUACCUUAGGUCUUGUCAGGGAUUUUCCCUUGUAGAGCCCUACUUCCCACUGAGCUAUAUCACCUAUUCGACCUGCAAUGGUGUACAAGUAAAACGCCCCUCUCCUUGUUUAAUGCAUAUUUUCCUACCCCACUAUUGAAGAGUAGAUCUAUUAUCAUGAAGUUUGAAUCUCCAGUAGGGCUCAUGAAACAAUCACACACAGAAGAUUCCAUUAUACUCACCCUUUAAAGCAAGCAGGAAAUGUCUCAUCAUUUCUGUUCCAUUUUUACCGCCUCUAGCAGUUGUGUGAGCCUGUAAUCAAACAUUUAAUUUGGAUUGAGUCAGGGCAUUUUACCUUAAUAUGCUAACUGAGCUGGCCAGUAUGAGCUAAUUCACUGAAUGACAUAUAUUUAUAAAAUUGUACCACAUACUACCGUUAUGACUAGACCAGAAUUUCCUCCAUUAACUUAAUAUUACUUGUACACAUUUGGCACUUUUUAAUAUGCUGACACAUUCUUUUCAUAUCAUUUCAGUAUUACUAGGAAUUGGUUGGCUUACAAGUGACUUAAAAAUAGGCAUUUUGUGAAAGCACAUUUGUAAGAAAGAAAAUGUUGAAUCUGUUUGUCUGGGAUGUAUUGUACUGAAUAUAUUAAGAAUUAUUUGUCACUUUAGUUAAACACAGUUUCAUUGUUUAAUAAUUGUUACAAAAUUCUCACUUAGGACAGAAUUGCAUAUAAUUAUGCUUAGUUUUUGUUAAUCAAAUGCUGAACUUAGGCAGCCAAUAAAGUGCAGAGAGUUAUUCAGAAAAUUUGCAGAAACCUGUGUGUGUGUGUGUGUGUGUGUGUGUGUGUGUGUGAGAGAGACACUUCUGAAGUAUAAUAACAUUAAUGAAUACUGCCAUAGUAAAGGUUAGUUUGUGCCUGAUAAUAUUUCAUGUAUACCUUUUUAGUAAUGUUUACUGUUCACAAGAUGUUCAGGUUUUUUCUAGGGAGGAGGGAUGUACUUUUAUAACUUCAUUGCUCAGGAAAGUCUUAAGACUGUACAUUGGUUGCAAGAUGUUAAACUUGCACAGUUGCAGUGGAAUGAAUUAAUAAAAAAGUUUGUUUAUGCUUCCUGUUUUCCUAAGACAAUGUUGCCCAUUUUGCAGAUGGAGAGUGCAUUAUCGCAAAUAAGAAAUGCUUUCAUCAAAAAUGAAAAAAAAAAAAAACACAAUCAGCUUAAAUUCUAUUAAAAUGUUUUGUUUUGCAGUGAGAUAAGAUCCCAUACUUCUAUGCUGGGGGUUUUCCUCUUUGCCCCUUUAUAUAUGCAGACUCUGAUAUUACACUAAUUUGCUCAAAGAAAAUACAGCACUUAAAAGUAUAUUUGUCUUCAUGCUACUCUUUUUCUGUAUGACUCUCUUGUCUCAGCCUGUUGGCUAAUACUACAUUAAAAAUGUGAACACC